AUGAUCCUCCAAUCCGGAAGACCAUCGACAGUUCCUGUCUCACGGUCCGAGAAGACAUACAAUGCGCGAAUUUUUGCAAGCGAACUGUUGAUCGACAGUGCCGUCUUCACCCCUAUUUUCACGCUUGUUCGUCGAAAUUGGGCAUGGGAUCGUCCUCCGCAUUAUUUUUCCGAUGCAGUGCCACCUGGUGCUACCAGUUCUGGUAAUACUGUCCUGGAUGCAGCCGCAGGCUUGAACAUGCUGCGCCAGAACGACAUGCCUCCAUACCAGAAUGGCAACCCACCAACCCAGCCGUCUCAUCCCAACCAACCGUCGAACCCAUAG